AUGUCCCUUAAAAACACAAAGAAAGCGUUGUCUACACCUAUAACCAAAAAUAACAUUGACCCUAUUGACGUUGAUAAUAUUGAUGACGAUAUUCAUAGCUCUUCUCAUGAGAUUAAUGAAAGCCCACCUCGACUUCCACUCAGUGAAUCUUUUACUAACACGCUAGAAAAUUUGUCAGUUGUAUCGAAUGAAGAAAGUAAAACAAUGAAAUUGAUACUAGAAAUGGCCAAACAAGUAUUGACGCAAAAUGAUUCGCUCAUAGAAAAGCAAGAAUCUUUGGAGGCUUUGGUUACUCAGUUAGUUAGUGAUGUCAAAAUUUUACAAUCUUCACAUGAAGAUUUCAAGUCAAAUAUAAAAGAUCAUGGAGCAGUACAAGGUAUCAAGAAUGUGAUAGAUAAUUGGCUUUACCCCAACAAUAAAAUCUACAAACAAGCUAUUCGAAAAGAACUUGAAGCGCUUUGUCUCGAUAAAAUGUGUCAGUAUAAGAAAGAUACAAAUGGGAAUUAUCAUUUACUAAGAUCGAAAAUUCACGCUGAAUUCUGCAAAUAUCGUGGAGCUCUUUUUGGAUCUUUUCGGCGUGCUAUAUUUGAUUACGUUUUUAAAAAGAAAGUUUUGCCAAUCGUUAAUUCAGAAAGUUCAGAAUCUGAAAUAAUUUCUUGGAAGGUGAGUGAGGAGGUUCAAUGGUGCUUUGGAAAUUUGGAUACUAUGAUUAAAGAUGAUGACAAGACAUAUCUUCAGAUAGUUGCCAAGAAAGUAUUCGGUCGGCUACCAACAAAAAAUCAAUAUGCAGUAACAUGA